AUGGCGCCGCCGUCGCUCCGCGCGACAAUGCAUGUGCCGAACGAGAUUGUCGAGGACAUCUUCGUCUGCGUCCCGCCGGACAACAGCGCCCUCCUCCUCCGCUCGGCGCUCACCUGCAAGCGCUGGGCUCGCCUCUUUGCCGACCGUGGCUUCCGCCGCCGGUACAGCCAGAGCCACGGGAAGGCACCCAUCCUGGGGAUCAUCGCCAACCUCACCAUCACCGGCGGCGUCGCCAGGUUCAUCCCCACGCACGGCUUCUGCCCGGCCCGCGACGAACGCCACGGCUACCGCGCGCACGACGCCCGCCACGGCCGCGUCCUCCUCAACAGGCUGACGGAGGCGAGCGAUGCACCCCAGGGCCAGGGCCAGGAGCCGUCUGCCCUCGCCGUGUGGAACCCCAUCACCGGCGAGCAGCACCAGCUUCCUCUCCUGAAGCGACGCCGGCAGGUGCACAGCUGGAACGCCGCCGUGCUCUGCGGCGCCGCCGCCGGCGCCUGCGACCACGUCGACUGCCACCGCGGGCCGUUCCGCGUCGUCUUCGUCGGCAUCGACGCCAAGCAGAUCUUCUCCCACGUCUACUGCUCCGAUUCCGGCGCGUUGAGCGAGAAGGCGACCACCGCUCCGCUCCAAGACGACCAGCUCGAGUGCUCGACGCCACCCUGCCCGGCGUGCUAG